AUGUCAACAAGCAGUGAAAUGCAAAUUCGUCGGUCGGCGACUACACUUCGUUCGACAAAUCCAACGCGAUCAGCACCAACGUUAUCAUCAGCAACUUCGCACCGACGCGUCGAGCCUGUUCUCUAUAGUGAAAUGGCGGUUCGAUUGAAUGAAAACAGUCUCGAACAAUGUCGAACAUCCGUCAGUGCUCUAUCUGGUUGUGUUGCCGGAAUUCUCGGUUUAACGUCGUACAAAGGAUUUCUCUUCUAUGGCUUUUCUAUGUUUUUUCUCUCGUCGCUUAUCUAUUGGUAUAUUCGCCAUGAGCAUCGAACAUUUUUUACCAGUCUAAAUAAUGUCUUUUUCAAUGGAUUUUUUAACGACAAUCUCAAUACUAAAGAAAUAGAUCGUAUCUACAUGGUCACAUUAGGUACGGAUGUUAUCAUUGCGCUCAUCGUAGUUGCAGUCGUCGUCGUAAUCAUAGUUGUUGUUAUUGUGGUUUGUUGUUUGUGUCGGAAAUGUGAACAAUGCGCGAGGUGGACGCGACGUAAAGCUGAUGCACGUGAAGACGCGCGACAUGAACAACAACUAGAAGAACGAAGACGUGUACAUGAUCAAGUUCGAACUGAACGUGAGGCAGCUCGAGAACAGAUACGUGUGAAAUAUAAUUUAAAUGGUGGCCAAACGAACUUGGCUGUUGUUUCAUAA